AUGUCGUCGUUCGCCGGCGUGUCGGUCGUCGACGGCGUCGAUCUGUGCCCCCCUUGCGCCGGGUCGGCCUGCGAAACCAGCGCGGACUGCGGGUACCACCUGCUCGUGGUCCAGGACUACUCGCGCGCCAAGGAGAAGGCGCCUACCGGGGAGAGCAUCAUCUCCCGGCCCUUCAGGGUCGGAUGCCACACGUGGCAGAUCGAGCUCUUCCCCAACGGCGACAACCCGAGCUGCGCCGACUUCGUCUCUCUCUACGUCUGCCGUCUCGACGACUAUCUCAACAAUGCCGUGGAUGCCAAGUUCAGUCUCAGUUUCGUCGACCAGGCCGAGAAGCAGAAGCCGGUGUACAUUCUUGGGACCGAGACGUGCAGCUUCCCCCAUGGCGGUUCCCGAGGCCACCGCAAGUUCAUGAGGAAAGACGCCCUUGAACGGUCGGAGAAUAUGCAGCGUGAUGGUUUCACCGUCCGCUGCGACAUCAUGAUCUGCUGCGAGGAGGAUGAUGCCAGUGGCACCGGCCCGCCUCGCUACAUAUGCCAGCAUUUUAGCACCCUCCUUGAGAGUAAGGUGGGUGCUGAUGUGACAUUCGAGGUCAGCGGCGAGACAUUCGCUGCGCACCGGUGCGUGCUUGCUGCCCGGUCGACGGUCUUCAUGGCGCAGCUCUUUGGCCCCAUGAAGGAGGGCACCACGUCCAGUGUCAUACGGAUCGAAGACAUGGAGGCAAAAGUGUUCAGGGCUUUGCUUAGGUUCAUCUACACAGAUUCAUUCCCUGAGAUGGAGAAGGAAUGCGUGCGGGAGGAAGCACAAGAUGUGGAACAAGGACAAGAAGAGGAUGAAAUGCAUCUGCAAUGGCUGCGAGGCUUAUUUACGGCGGCAGACAGAUAUGACCUCCAACACCUCAAGUUCAUCUGUGAAAAGCGGUUGUCUGAGGACAUAGGUGUGAGUUCGGUGGCGUCCACUCUUGUUCUGGCCGAGCAGCACGACUGCAGCGGGUUGAAGAUGGCGUGCUUCAAGUUUAUUCAAGCUCAAUCUUCCUCCUGUUUGAAAAGGGUAAUGUCAACUAAUGGCUGGGGGCAUUUAAUGACGACUUACCCCUCUAUUUUGAAUGAGGUCAUUGCCAAGCUUGCUUUGAAAAAGCGUAAGAAGCACUCUACAUAGAUUGUAGUUCUGCGUCUUGCUUUUGUCUCGUCCUGUAAUUUGCCUAUAUGCUGCAGUAUCAGAAAUAUCCAACAUAUGGGCAAAUUGUCUCUAUGCAAUGGAUGGUCUGUUAAUUCAGGUGUAGAACUGCAUUGCAGCCCUGUGCAAGUUCCCUAGCUAGUCAGUCUUAUCCUCGUGUAUUUCUCUGUGCACUAAUUGUGUUGUAUAUUAUUGCUCUGUGCCUUCUUCAUGAUGUACUCCGUAGAUGGUUUUGGGAAGGCAUUUUAUGAACCUAGAUUUAUGGGAAAGAAUUUGCAAGACAAAACAGGGGUCUCCAAGAAUUG